AGAUUUCACGUUACUUUCUCCCAUAAGGGUUUUCUCGCUUCUCUUCUUCUCGGCCACCUCGCCAAGAACAUCUCUCUCCCAGAUGGGCGAUUCGCAAGGUAAAGCAAAAAAAAAAGGAUUAUAAAACCUGGACCAUAGAAGAGAGUAAUGUAUUGCUACAACUAAUGGUUGAAAUUGCCAAACUUGGCUUACGCGAUACAAAUGGUGUGAUAAGUAAACAAACGGUAGAGAACAGACUCCUUCCUAAACUUAAGGAAAAACUUGGUCAUGAAAUAAGUUUUAUUCAUUACCAAAGUAGAGUGAAAUGGUUUAAAAAACAAUAUUCCAAUUACUCUCAACUUAUUCGUCACAACUCUGGAUUUGGAUGGGAUGCGACCACAAAGAAAUUCACAGCUCCCGAAGAAGUAUGGGCUGAUUACCUAAAGUCACAUCCGGACCACGCGAACCUUCGGUCAGAAACUUUUCCGGACUACGAGGAUUUGAGAAUCGCGGUGGGAAAUGGAACUGCAACUGGGAUGGGUGCAAUUGGUCUUGGUGAAAAUACAGAUGCUACAGUGUUAGGAGUAGAUGAUGAAUCUGGUGGAAUUGGUGGCAUUGAUGGAUUAUUUUUUUAUCCAAAUACUAACAUGUUCACAAUGAGUGAAAAUGUGUCAUCCCACCAGGAGGAUUUGUCACAUCUUCCACAAGAUGAAAGUAGGAAUAUAGAGGAUCCACCUUCAUCAAGCAAUAGAGCUAAAGGAAAAAGGGGUCGAAAUGAUUUUGAAAACAAUAGAAGAACAAAGGAACCUAAUAGUCACACAGAGGUUACUGAGAGCUUGUCAGUGGGGUUUAAUAAAAUUGUUAAGAGUUUUGAUAAAAUUUGUUAUUUAAUGGAGAAGAGAGAAUCAAGAGAGGGUGAUCUUUUGGAUGCUAUGAAGGAGACCCCUGGAUUAACCAACGAGGAUUGCUUUAGAGCUCUUGAUUUGCUUAAUACCAAAGCAAAGCAAGAUUUCUUUUUGAAGAUGACUCCUGAACAACGAUAUCAUUGGAUCACUAGCUUAUAAACAUAUGUAAUAGGUUUAUUUGCAUUAGUGAUAGAGUUUUUGGUUUACAUACUUUAUGGAGUUUCGUGUAAUUUCUGGAUUUUUGCAAUUUGUGGAUGCUUUGAUUAUUUAUGCAGGAUUAAAACGUUAUAUGAAUUAUUUGAACUUGGUUUAUAUCA